UACUUUGAGCGAGGAAUUUAUGAUUUAACUAUUGUGGUAAAUUGGCAUGAACAACAGCGGUUCUUCGCCACGAUAGCGACAUCUAGCAAGUAAAGUUGAAUCGAGAAUCGAGGAAGGUUCCGUCCAAGAUGUCAAUUCUUAAUCUGGGCGUUAAGGCUCUACUCAGCUGGGUCAAUAAUACUGUAUUGGCCCAUCGAGAAAUUAACAUCGAAGAGUUACGAGAUGGGGAGUUCCUGCUUCGUGUUGUUUACAUACUGAAAAAAGAACCAAACCCCCCUUUAAUUCAAUCAACUGAGGAACGCUUUAAAGUCAUUGCAGAAUUUGUGGAGAACGAUUGCAGAUUUAGUCCAACCAAAGGUCCAUCAGUAUCAUGGGACAACAUAAGAAAUGGAAUCAACCUGACUGUGGAAAUUGCAAAGGUGCUUUUGUUAUUGGUUUACCAUGACAUGAUGAGUGAACGCUGCACACUAAAGACCUUAGACUGUGAAGUGGAGAGGGAAAUUGCAAAUCUGACUAUUUCUUUUGUGAUGGAGAGUCAUGGCAGUGUUUUUCUGAGCAGUGGCCUCGAUGCCUACUUGGCAAAGCGAUAUUUACCUGUGCCUCCAGAAAUAUUGGCGCAAACAGCAAGCACCUCUACUUCCAGUGUGUCAACAGCCUCUAUACCCUCAGAUGAAGACUCCCCUGUGUUACAUCGCACAAAGAAAAUUACAUUUGUGGAUAUGCAUACUGUGGCAUCAUCUUCUGUCAGCAACUCUCCUCUUCAGGAUAUAAUGAACACACCCAAAUUCCAAUUGCGGAAGAUCCAACGACAGAUGAUCAAAGAGCAAGAUUAUAGGGAUGGACUGGAGAAGGAGCUUGCCGACAAGAUUAGCCUCAUUACACAAAGAGAAUCUCAUAUUAACCAGUUACAAUAUCGCCUGGACAAGAUGAAACAGGAGCAGAGUGAUCAAGAGCUUACGGCUAAGGAACAAAUCAAUGAACUUGAGACCAAGAAUAACUCGUUACAGCUGCGACUCCACGAAAUUUUAAAAGACAACAAAGACUGCAAAAGUAACUUUUUGCUGAUGGAGCGAAAAGUGAAUGAACUUGAAGAGGAGAACGGUGUCCUCUCGUCACAGAUGCGUAGAGCCAAUGCACAGCUGUCCAUAUUUCAAGCUGAAGUUGGCAGGCUGACCGAAACCCUCGCAUCUGGUCAAGAGGAGUGGAAAGCCAAAAUGGACUACCUACAGUCUGAACUCGGUCAAGCCACUGCACAGAAGGAGCACCUGGCCGAACAAAUCCAGAUCCUCCAGGGGAAGAUUUCAUGUUUACAAGAUGAAAUUACACUAGCCACAAAGCAGGAUGUCGGAGAAAACAUGGGGUCUGUAAUGGAGAAAAAUAUGCGUUCAGCUGCAAGUACAUUUGGCGUCGGGGCAGAGAACGAGCCCGAAGGUGCGCCUGACGAUUGGAUGAGGAUAGCUGAGCUGCAGGCCAGGAACAAAGCUUGCCUUCCUCAUCUCAAGAGCAGCUAUCCUGCAGAGUUUGAGGCUGGCUGCAAGAGCGUGCUCCCUUUCACCGACGAAGAUGUACGUACAGGUGACCCAACGGAGACCAUUCGACGAGCGUCCGUCAUGCUAGGCCAGCUGCAGGACUCUCUAGCUUCCCAUUGCCACUCCCUCGCGGCAGUGCACGCAAGUACCGCAGCCGGCAUCCGUUCUCACCGUCUGUCUUUGAUGGCGGACCACCCAACGUCUAAGUCGGUCAGCUCCUCUCAACUGAAGAGCCAGAGAUUCACAAAGCGUGCUGCCUCGACGUUAUGUGUUCCUCAAACGUCACCUGAGAAAAAAUUGAAGGCCAGCUGCUUCCCCCGCCCUCUCACUCCCAAAAACAAGAAUAUCAACAGUGGACCCUCCAACUCACAACUUGACCCUGUCCUCAGUCCAGUGAGUUUGACGAAGGGCUUAUGUUGCGUAAUAUUGAUUCAUGGGUCACUGUGGUAAAAAGUUUUACUAUCCUGACUUCCAUCCGAGCUACAUGGUUUUUCACUCAGUGACAUGUGAAUGUUCGUCUCUUCGGAUGUACCCUGUGAGUCACCCGUGAAAAGUGAGGGAACACUGUUCAAUGAUUUGUUUGUAUAGUGGAGGUUGGCUCCAAUGGCCAAAAAUUUUACUUGUACCGUUACUUCACAAUAUAGCCAAUGUAAAAACCUACUCCUCCAAAUACAUGAGUUUGUAUAAGUAUUCAGUGAAAAUAUGACAUACUAAAGAACUGGUGAGUAACAUCAGUCUCAUUUUUGUUCCAGCAUGAGUAUAAAUUGGAAAAUUAUAAAGGACAUUGCCCAACACUAUCGCAAUACAAAACUGAAACAAAUGAAACCUUUAUGAUAUGACAA